UUCAUUUGUUUUGGUUUCUCACUAGUAUUUUGUAGCUACAAUUAGAUUCUUUUAUUAUUUAUGGUGAUCUGCAUUAAAUAGUUUUAAAAAAUUGUUUACGAUUUCUUGUAGGUGUAGUUAAAAAAUUCUUCAUAGGAAAACCAAACAAUUUUGGCAAACAUUGAGUAAUAAUGAUGUGCCUAAUCUCAAGAUAUAUGUAUCACUGGUAAUUAUGUUAAAGUGUUUACAACAAGGAGAUUCAACAGCCACCCGGUGAAAAGACCGGAUCAAACACGUUCACAUAGACACAAACAUACACGAAUAUUAUGUUCUUACAGCACUACAAUUUUUCAGGACAAUGGGGGGAAAUGUAAGCACAAGAGUGGUCAACAUUGUCAAGCCAACUUUUGGUAGGUCUCAACCCGCAGACAUGAGUGGUCCAGUUGCACAGUUCGUCAAAGAUGCCAUCCUACAAGACACUAUCGUCAUAUUCUCAAAGUCUUAUUGCCCAUACUGCACAAUGGCUAAAGAAGUUUUUCAAAAGCUCCAAAGAAAGUUUACAACAAUCGAACUAGAUGGAAGAGAUGACGGGGACCAGAUUCAGAGUGUCCUUGGUGAAAUCACCGGCGCGAGAACGGUCCCUAGGGUAUUUAUCAAAGGGGAAUUUGUUGGAGGAGGAAGCGAUGUCAAAAAUCUAUAUGAAAACGGAAAAUUAGAGAAAAUGCUUCAAUAAUCUUAUGACGUUUUUAUUCAUUGGAGACAAAAGCAACUGACGUUAUUUAAUAAAUGAAUGAUUGUAUUGUUGCCAAAAUGAGUUAUGAUUUAAUGAACUAUUGGUUAUUGUUGACAAUGAUUUUUAUUUUUUUAAAUUUUUUAAGAUAAGUAUAGAUGUGUAAUUUAUUAUCAAAAUAUUAAUAAAACCCAAAUGGCCUAUAUAAUAAUGUACUUAUCCAUAUCUUAAUUGUUUAUGUUUGAUAAGUUAAUUUUUGGUGACAAUACUGUGUUUUACAAUCAGUAAUUACAAUAUUGUUUGUUCUACUUGUACAUUUAUUAAAUUGAUAAAAUGCCUUUGUUGGCACGCCAA